GGAGUAUAGGCUGUGCUGUCAGCCCAGUGUCAGUCUGAUGAAGAUUGGCAUGCAGGUUUUGUGUGGAGAGUUGGAUACCAGCCAACGGCACAGACAACAACACUGAAGGCUGCUGCGCUGCUGUGGGCAAACUGACUUCUCAAUGUGAAGCUAUCCCAUGAUGCAACAUGUGUCCCCAGCACCUGCAGUGACUAUGAUGGCCACCCAGAGUGUUCCUCCACCAUCGUACCAGGAGAGCCAACAGAUGACGGGCACCACUCAGCAGAACGCCAAGACCCCACAGGUCCAUAUCCCAGCAGCCACUGCAGCAGGAAAUACCUCCGUCAGUGCAACCCUUGACCCACAGGCCCAACUUGAGUCUGACAAGAGGGCUGUUUACAGGCAUCCACUGUUCCCCCUGCUGGCGUUGUUGUUUGAGAAAUGUGAGCAGGCCACACAAGGAUCUGAAUGCAUCACGUCUGCCAGCUUUGAUGUGGACAUAGAAAACUUUGUGCACCAGCAGGAGCGGGAACACAAGCCCUUUUUCAGCGAAGAUCCAGAGCUCGACAACUUGAUGGUUAAGGCCAUUCAGGUGUUGAGGAUCCACCUCUUGGAGCUAGAGAAGGUCAAUGAGCUCUGUAAGGAUUUCUGCAACCGUUACAUAACCUGCCUGAAGACCAAGAUGCACAGUGACAACCUGCUCCGUAAUGACUUGGGUGGACCCUAUUCUCCGACACACACCAGUCUCAGCAUGCAGCAGGAACUAAUUCAGACCUCCUCUCCAUCCAUGACCUCUAUCUCCAGCUCUGUUAACCCUUCAGGGAUUGUGGUGCCCACCGGGGGUCUGCAACAAGGCAAUGUCUCCAUGACUACCAUAAACUCUCAACUGGUUUCCAGUGGGACCCUGUACCAGCCGGUUGCCAUGGUGACAUCACAAGGGCAAGUGUUAACGCAGGCACUGCCACCAGGAACCAUCCAGAUCCAGAACUCACAGUUACACGCGGCAUCUCCGCGGCAUCUCCGUCCUGGGAGAGGGAUCCCUCACAUGUAUCUCUCUCAGUUAAACGUGGACCUAUCGUCCCUGUUGGACAGCGAAGACAAGAAGUCCAAGAAUAAGAGGGGGGUCCUGCCCAAACACGCCACCAAUAUCAUGCGGUCCUGGCUCUUUCAGCAUCUCAUGCACCCAUACCCGACAGAAGAUGAGAAAAGGCAGAUUGCUGGACAAACAAAUCUAACCCUUCUGCAAGUGAACAACUGGUUUAUCAACGCUCGCCGCCGCAUCCUCCAGCCCAUGCUGGAUGCCAGUAACCCAGACCCUUCUCCUAAAGCGAAGAAGAUGAAGUCCCAGCACCGUCCCACACAGCGCUUCUGGCCUGACUCCAUUGUGGCUGGGGUUCUGCAGACGCACAGAUCUCAAUCAGGAAACAACUCAGACAACCCGCUGAGUCUGGACAGCCUCCAGUCCCUGUCCUCAGACUCAGCCACCCUGGCCAUGCAGCAAGCCAUGCUUGGAGCUGACGACUCCAUGGACGGCACAGAAGAGGAUGAAGAGGAGGAGGAGGAAGAAGAGGAGGAGGAGGAGGAAGGAAUGGAGGAGGAAGAAGAGGAAGAGGAUGGGGAGGAAGAAAACGAUAGGGGGAGGCCAAUGUCUGGCGGAGGACGGGCGAGGAGAGAUCUGAGCAUGGAGCACAGAGAGGAACUGGAGUAGAGGAUCAGGGACAGAGACAACGUGAAUUUUGGCCACAGUUGUCUACUUAACACAGUCUCAUUCAAACUCAAACUAGGACAGCUCUAAUGCUCACUGACACACGAGAGGAUUCAAGGGUGUGACAUGUUUUCACCUCUUUCAUCAGAGACUCUCGCGCAGAGCCUAAUCAGACACAAUGACUAUGAUCAUGAUUAUAGAGAAUGAAUAUUAGUUCAAUGAUUAAUAUGUGUUGUUUCAUUUUUAGGACCAUAUGUUGUUAUACAGUGACGCAGAAGGUUUGGACGGUUGCACAUUUUCUACUUGACAGCUUCAGUUUAUAUGGAAGGAAAUGACAGAGAGACUGUCAGUUUGAAAUUCAAGAUAUUUUUCCCCGUUUAACUGUCUGGGUUAAAAAAUUUGAUGUGUUUAGAAAAACGUGACAUUUUGCAACAAAGAUGCCUCAGCAGAAAAAUCUUCAUUGACUGUGUGUUUAAACUAUUACUUAACUGAAUGGGAAAAAUAUUUUAGCAAGAUGGCAAAAAAAGGGCUGCAGCUUUUUUUUCUGAAACUGUUUAUGAUUGAAAGUAUAAAAUUUCAUCUGAAAGUCCACAACUGAACUUUGCAGUUCAAGUGUCAUUUCUCUUCCUAAAAUAAAAGUGACGGAGAAGAGGACAUUUGAAAAAAAGGAGAUGUUUUACAGGAGUGCAAAUAUCCAUAGAAAUGACUGUGUACGGGACAUCAUUAAAUCAUUCACGCCUUUCAAGUGACUCAUAGGUUCUCAGGUUGAACAACACUCAUCCGACAUAUUUCUUCCUCUCUCAUGAGGAAACACUUGACUCAUCGCCCCAGCAAAUCUUUUUCGGGCAGGACUUUUGAAAUGAUCUUUAUUUUUGUCUUCUAACUUGGGCAAAAAAAAAAGAAACCUGUAGUAAACCAGUGUAUUCUGACUGCACAUUUAAUAUGUAUAUUGGAUUUUUCAUUUGUUUGCAUUCUGCUGUUGAAGGUUUGCAUAUUUAUUCAGUUUUUUUCCUGCCCGGCCUCAGACGGAAGCUAAAGGAACCACGUGACAACAACAGUUUUUUCAGCGCACACCGUAGGUUUUGCAAACCUCAAAAAGUAAAUCUUAGUGGCCGUGCACAUACUCGACUUCAACCAUCAACUGUCAGAAUUGCUUGUGUACGUUCUAUGACCCCCGGCGCUUCCGUCACAAAAUAAGAGCAUGACAAGCCCAGCCAGUCACCACAGGACUGUCUCUGCCGCAUCUCAUCAGCAAGAGGAGUCACGAUAAGAUCGCCAAUGACUUUUGAUCCCUGACAGACAGCGCCAGCGCCAGCAUCGUUUAACAGAAGAAGACGAGAAAGAGGAAUUAAAAAGAAAAAAACAACAACUGAGUUGUAACUUCUCUUUCAAUUUUAUGUGAAGGAUUUUGAAGAAACUGUGAAACAAUUUCAGCUCUUUGUUUUGUACUAAAACACAAAAAUUGAGUCACUCGUUUCUAAUGUGAAGAUGUCUAGAGAAACAAAAAUCAUGUUAUAUUGAAUGUUCUGAUUGUUCAUUGUGAAGUAUGUUGCUCAUUGAUGUUCCUUUCUCAGUUGCUUUUUUAAAAAUGGAUCUUCCAGAACAAGUGACAGACAAUAGGAAAUAUUUCUAUUUCAUUUGUAAACUUUGUUGUCAUAAUCUAUUGUGUUUCAAUAGACCAAUUUUAAUAAUUAAACAUGUAAAGGUA